CUUGCAUCCUGCAUGACCGUCAACAUCGCCCUUGACUAGUUGGCACCUUCGGAGUCGGCCGUUCGCUCCUCCCGUGCCUCAUGAUCGUUUAUCAAUCUCCAGCAACCUCGGGAUCGCACGCCUCUCGUCUCUCUCGGUGACCGCGGAAGAAACAGAAUCCUUCCCCGCGCCACCUCCAGGACCGGCACUUCUAUCUAUUUACUGGUCCCCGUCGCAUCGCUCUCAUCGCAUUCACUUGCUCCGAAGGUGUUUACAUUGAUGGACACCAGUGCUGCCUCAUGGACACCCUUCCCAAACGCAGUGGCCCGGCGCUGAACGGUGUCGCGCGACGAUCCCUCGGCAUCGGUCUACUUCUGAUAGUAGUGUUUCUAUGGACAGCGUCCAAUUUCCUGGCUAGUACCAUCUUUGCCGACGACACAUACUCCAAGCUGUUCUUUGUGACGUACAUCAACACUUCGUUGUUUAUUCUGCCCCUCUUUACGAUCCUCCUUCGCCGGGUCUGGAAUUUAUGGCGUUCGGGAAAGACAUCCCGCAUAAACUCGUUUCGGAGUCUCCUGCGGCAUCUGGAUUCGCACGACCCUGAUGCGGAGACGCAGAGUAUCCUACACCAUGACACGGGACGGGACAGCGAGGACGCACUCAGCGACCCCGAAGCGUGGAACGCAGCCCGGCUGGUGCCGGAGGGGAAGUAUCAAGAAGACUCCAAGCUGGGCUUGAGGGCGACGGCGAAGCUGAGCUUUGAGUUCUGCAUGCUAUGGUUCUUGGCCAACUAUUUCGCCAUGGCCUGUCUCCAGUACACUACCGUGGGAAGUACCACCAUUCUAACCUCGACGAGCGGCGUAUGGACCCUAAUCUUCGGAGCUGUCAUUGGCGUCGAGAAAUUCACCGUCCGCAAACUCCUCGGCGUAGUCGCAUCCUUGAUCGGCAUUAUGCUUAUAUCCCGCGUCGACCUGUCCUCUUCUCCCGACAUUCCGCCCGCCGACGACAGCAGCAGCGGUGGCGGCGGCAGCACCUUUCCCAACAAGACCCCAGCCGAGAUCGCCCUGGGCGACGCCAUGGCGGGCUUCAGCGCCGUCAUGUACGGCGUGUACACCAUCGUCCUGAAAAAGCAGGUCGGCGACGAAUCGCGCGUCAACAUGCAGCUGUUCUUCGGCCUCGUCGGCCUUUUCAACAUGUUCCUGCUCUGGCCGGGCUUCAUCAUCCUGCACGUCACAGGGAUCGAGACCUUCGCGAUGCCCGACACCAGCCGCGUAUGGACCAUCAUCUGGACCAACUCCUUCGCCUCCCUCGCCUCCGACAUCUGCUGGGCCUACGCCAUGCUCCUGACCACGCCCCUCGUCGUGACCGUCGGCCUCAGCCUCACCAUCCCGCUCUCCCUCGUCGGCCAGAUCAUUCUUCAAGGCCACUACGCCAGCGGCCUGUACUGGGUCGGGGCUGCCAUCGUCUUCCUAUCCUUCUUGAUCGUGAACCACGAGAGUCAGGAGGGAGUGGCGCAGGAGGAGGAGCGUCCAUCUGGUGCUGGUUAUGAUGCUAUUCCUAGUGAGGAUGGAGGGGGGAGGUAGGUGGUUCGUUGUAAGAUCUGACGGCCGACGGGGUAAGGUAUAUAGAAUCCCUGAUAUGUAGAAGGGCAGGGUGGUUGGGCGGGCUACCUAGCUAGAUUACUUCAGAGGUUAUCGCUACCUAGGAAGAACUACUAAGUAGGUGUUUAGAGCCUAUGUGUUCCAUUGCUAGGGGGUAGCGUUUCGGUAGUUUUAUAGUUUUAUAUAUCCGUCUGGUAUCUUUACAUGUAGAGAAUAAAAGAAAGAACAU